AUGCAAGUGGAGGUUUGGGAUACGAGAGACCUCACACAAAGACGCAAUUCUCUCGGCGUCGCUUCCAGAAGCGACAUCUGGAGAAAGACAGUGCGUCAAUCGAUGAGACCGCAAAGAAGCGACGAUGAAGAGUCCCUAGGCGAGGUGCGAUCGAUGGGGAGAGAUCGCGGCUGACGUGGAGAUUCCGUUGAUGAGCCGAAUGCGAAAAGAGUAUGUUGGAAUAGAGGCGUCAGGCGAAGGCAAGGCAAGCCGAGGAAAGAGUGUGGUGGUGAUGGAGUGCUAGAGAGAGGCCUUUGCUCCGCCUAGACUGUGAGUGCCUAUUUCGUUUGCUCUCUUCGCCGGCCGCCGCCUCUCUAGUCCCUCCGCGCAGAGAUCGAGAGGAGGUACCGUAUGCUUUUAAGGAAUCUCCUUUCUUUCUUACUGGCAAAGGGGAUCCAUGAGAGAACGGUAACCGUUUCCUUGAAUCUUUUGUUGUCUUGGAACACCUGAAAGGUGCCUGUUCAGUCUCUGCUUCUGUGUAUUGAAACCUACAAAGCACAUCUUUUUGGUAGAAAAAAAAAAUGGAUUCCGAAGAAACGGAUUCAUUCAUUCAUAAAGAUAAAUAUGCAAAUUUGAAUUUUUCAGUCACUCAUACAGCUUGAUAAUAUGAAACAGGAAGGUCCAUAGCUACAAUGUAAAGUAACUGAUCUGGUAACCUUACUCAGGAUAAUCUCGUCUUCUCUGAUUUUUAAGGGCUUUCCGAAGUUUGAGGAGUGUAAUAGUAGUUUAAAUUGAAAUGAAGCCGUUUUCGGUUCAAAAAUUGUUUUCUUCCUGCUCAACUUGAAACUUUUUCCUCAUUAAUCUUAUUUACCGGAACUAUUGUCUGAAAAUUUUUCCAUUAUGAAUCAAAAAUUUAAGUGAAAAACAUGUCACCCUUUAAUUACUAAAACAGUCUAAAUCGCGAAAAAUCGUAUCUCAAGUUGUUCAAAUGAAUUUUAUAAUGAAACGUUACACUAUCUUGAAAAUAUGAGGUUUUUUUCUUCACGGCUCAAUACUUAUUCAGUUUUUUUAGCAUACUUAUUUCAAUAAGUAAAAACAGUUUAAAUCACUAUGCAAAAAAAAAUUUUUCUCCAUUUUUAAAAUAGAAAAGAAAUAAGUAUAUAGUGAAGGUUCUAGAAAGAGGUUAGAAACACUGGUUUCGAUUGAUUUUUGGUGUUUAUUACUGUUGAUGACACGACUAAAAACGCAGAUUAAAAAAAACCCAUAUAAGUGAUAUAUUCUUCAUUCUCCGCUUUUCAAAACAAUCUAACUUGUCUACACUCUCUUCCCCUCUGCGACGCUCUCAUGUUUAAGCUUCUGUCAAUUUUUUGCGAUCUCAGGGAGGUAAUGAAAAAAAAAGGAAAAUAGAAAAGCCAUAUACUGUUUCAAAUUGUGGCUAGUAGGGAACAAUUGUUGAAUUAUCGAAUUGUAGGAAUUCAUACAAAGGUGAAUUUGAACGCGAAAAUCAGCAAAAUCAGUCAGAUACGGUGACUUUUUGUGAGUUCAGCUGAGAAAGCGUGGAAACAGCAGCUACGAAGGCGAAAAACGCGCUGAUAUAUCGAAACUAACCAUGUUCUAUGACUUAUUAUUUUGUGCGGGGCCUGUCUAAUUCUCUAUGCAUUCUGUCUCGGCUAUCUGCUUGUAUGUUUCCAUAUAGAUAGCGAGCGGCUCCUCGUCUACUUCGGACACCUCGUUCUCCAUCGAAACAGUGCACUUCUUAGCAACUCGUCUCCAGCCUUCACCCUCCACGAUCAAUACUGUGACGACGGCCGAUGUGUUGCGCUGCGCCUCCUCCAGUUACACACUCCCUCCUCAUUCCAACGUCUGUGCCUCAAGCAAGGAUGCAGUGCCUCGGCGUCCCGCCUCUCCGCGCUGUGUACAGUGUCUCGGCAAAAGCGACGCGGCCUUGUGUGCGUGCGCGUCGUCGUCAACAAGCAGUCCUCGUCAGGUCUCUUCGCCACCAUAGCCGACGUCGGCCUCCGUUUCCUACCACCCUCUUCAAUCUCUAUUAUCUUUUGGACCGCAUUUUCUUCUUCACUUGUAACCUCUUCCUCUCUUUUCAUCUGCUUUCCCGAACGAGAACACCCACCACUUCUCUUUCUCUACCUUGAAAAUGGAAUCGUUCUAUCGGCCUGA